AUGGCCGAGUUCGAAAAAGAUCCAACGUUGCCCACGAAUGUCGGCAGUGGGACUGAGAGCAAGGAACUGAUCAUCAGAGGAGACCAAUCCAACCAGGGAGAGAUUGAUAAACUGAAGAAGGAGAAUUUCAAUUUGAAGGAAGAGAACAAGCUUCUGCUGGAUGGCUGCCACCGUCAAAAUGUCACUGAUGAGAAAAGACUAUCCAAGGCUGUGGCAAAAGCAAUAGAAGUUGAAGUGCUACGGGAAGAGACGACAAAGAUUUACAGCGAGUCCAAUACAAUGCCAGAGAUGGAGGGCGAUUCCCCUCUUAUAUGGCUGUCUUUCCCCCGGAAGAAGAAAAGCUCCAUGCAAAAUGUCAGUGAUGAGACAAAACCAUCCAAGACUGUCACGAAAACAACAGAAGACGGGGUGUCAUGGGAAGAGACAACAGAGAUGUACAGUCAGUCCAAUACAAAGUCAAGGAAGCGAGGGCAUAGUCCCUCGGGAGCACUACCAUCUUCCCCCAAACGCCAAAAGAUAUCAGUCCAACCAUCAGUCAAACGACCUACAUUCCACCCGAAUGUCCAUGGAAGUAACGUUGUCAUUGAAAAUGGAGGUUCGACUGCUCGAAGUGUGUAUAUUGCCAGUAAUAGUAUCUGUUGUAGUCAGGAGCCAAUAGAGAUUGAUGAAAAAGUCAAUCUAAUGAUCACAAAGUGUAGGAGGUUUAAAGGCUCAAUGAGGUUUGGAUUCACUUCAAGAAACCCGGACUCGUUGAAAGAGCUGUUGUCACAUCCCUACGCUAACAUGGCCUUCAAUGAUAGGGUUUGGAUUAAACCGUUACCUGAUAUAUACGGAAAGCAGGGAAACAUUGUGACAUACUCCGUUAAUAAGGAGGGACUCGUACACUUCAGUAUUUCCGGAGGAGACAAUCUGCUUUUACUUGACAACGUGGAUGUCUCGAGCUCCGGUCAACUUUGGGCAGUCGUAGAUUUAUACGGGAGCACCGAGGCAGUGGAACUUCAAGCUGACCAAGCCUGCGGUGCUAUCGACAGAAAUACGAUUUGUGAAGGAGAUCUGGUCAGGCUCAACGACGAUCUGGACUCGAAGACUUUGCACUACCUUCAAGAAGAGCAUGGUGGAGUUUUUCCAGAUAUGGAAAAGGAACAGGAAAAGGUCGGGAAGGUCACGGAAAUCGAUGGCAACAACGAUGCUGCCGUAUACUUUCCAGAAAUUGACCAAAAGUGGGUCCUGAAUCCUGCAACCUUGCAAAAGAUUGAAAAGGGUGUUGAAAACCUAGAAGUCAUACAAGAAGGUGACUUGGUAAAAACCGGAACGGACCUUGCUAAAGUUAGGAGUCUGCAAAAGGAACGCGGGAUUGAUGAUGACAUUGAGAAGUUUCUGGGAAAGGUCGGAAGGGUGGAGACAGUUGCUGUUCCCAGUGGAGACAUUUCAGUAAGGAUUGACGGGAAAAGCGUGAUGUUCAGUCGUAAAGCCGUUGAGAAGAUUCCGGGUAAAGGAGAAAUGUGUGAACGCGGUAUUCAUCGCUGGAGCAGAGGGUACUCCAAAAUCUGCAAGCAAUGUGAAGAAUGCACAUCCAGGGGCAAUAAAUGUAUUAUGACGAGGACGCCACAUCGUCCAGUUGGAAGCACUUGUGGGUGUUUACAGAGAGAUGGGGGUUGUGAACUUUGUGGCAUUUGUCGAAAAUGUGCUGGAGAAAGCAGCAACUCUGAGGACAGUGAACUAACAGUUGUCACAGGGCUAUGCAAGGAGGAGUUGAGGAAGGGAGAUGAAGUAAAGGUGGACUUGGAUGCUGAUACGUUUCAGAUUUUGCAGAACAAGGGUGAAGUUGGAUGGCACAAGGGCAUGCUUCAGGUGGUUGGUGUUCCCGGCACAGUGACUGGUCUGACAAAGAAGGGUGCACAGGUGAAAUUCUCGACUGGAACAAUAUGGUGCUUGGUUCCUGGAUGCCUAACUAAGAUCUCUGCUGAAUCAGAAGUAAUGAAGAAAGGAAGCCUUGUGAGGAUGAUAAACGACGAGGAUACGCUAAGGAAAUUGCAAGAAGGGCAUGGAGGGUACAACGAAGAUAUGCGAAUCAACAUCGGAAAGACUGGUAUUGUACGGAAGGUUAAAAAGCGCAUCAUUCAAGUGGACUUCUAUGGCAGAAAAUGGUGGCUCAACCGUGCUGCUCUUACUCCAGUUCUGUCAGGAGAUGCAGGCCACAAGAACGUCGUUCUUCAUAUCAAGGAGAAUGAUAAUGUGAAAGUGGUUGUAGAUCAUGAAACAUUUCAAUCCGAUCAAGUGGGCCAUGGAGGAUACGAGGACAAGAUGCAAAAGUUGUUGGGGAAAAUCGGAAUGGUUCACCACUUCGACGUUGAUGGUGAUGCCAUUGUCUGCUACCCGGAUGGCACAAAAUGGUGCUUGAAUCCCAUGAGUCUGGGAAAAGUAAGUCCAGAAGACUGUGAACCAGUAGAUGUCAGCCACGUUGUAGAUGUUGGAGACUGGGUGAAGGUGGAAGCUGACAAGGAAAGGAUCAAACGUAUCCAGGAGGAAACAGUGCCUUGGGACGAUGUCUUCUAUGAUGUUGCAGGAAAGGUCGGACAUGUUAGGGUUUCAUACCUUCAGCAGAACAUUGUUCGAGUGUUUAUCAAGAAUGGUGAAUAUCCACUGAAUCCUCUUCUUGUCAGAAAGGCCACUUCAAUGGAGGUGACGGAAGCUUUUGAUGGGGCAAAUGUCCAAAACCCAGACUUUGCAAGAGGAGACUUGGUUAAGAUAUCUGUACCCUUGGACAAGCUCAAAAGCUUACAACAUGGGCAUGGUGGAUUCGUCGAUAGCAUGUCAAAGCACACCGACUUGAUCGGGUCUGUGAAGUUCAUUGACAGUUCAGGCGAUGUUCAUGUACGGUUUAGUCCCAGAGGAUAUCGUAUCAAUUCUUUGGCAGUCUCAAAAGUGGCACCGACGGAGGACACAUUCCAUGUUGGUGACUUGGUUGCUAUUGAGUCAGACAAAUCACGGGUUAAGUCUCUUCAGACUCUGCAGCAUGGUGACUAUGUUUCAGUCAUGUCAAAGACAUGUGGAGCAAUAGGACGUGUACAUGCAGUCAUCAGCAAGAGUAAAAUUAGAGUUAAGGUUCAGGGAAGAACAUUGAUCUUUAACCCAGAUCUGCUUACAAGAAAGGGGAAUCCAGGGCUUGACCAUGUGGACUGGAAAGCGGCUACCAUUUGUGCAGUUAAAAAGCACGACUGGAGCAAAGGACGCUGCAUGGUGUGUGUUGUCUGUAAGGAAUGCACACAUUAUGGAAAACAGUGUCCUGCACGUGACAGACCCGGCAGAUCUCCUGGCAGCAUCUGUGGCUGUGGAAAUGGCCAUGCAGGAUGUGAUGACUGUGGUCGCUGUAAAACGUGUGCAGAAGAAGAAGAUGAUUCUGACAUGGAUUCUGAUUCGGAUGGUGAAUCUGAUGUGGGAGCUAAACUUGGAAAGCUGAUUGAAGCUAGGGCGGAAGAUUUCUUUGGAAAACUUAUGCGAUUGACCGACCCACCAAAUGGAGAGGCGCACGAGCAUGAUCUGGCAAAGGGAGAUGAAGUGCAGGUGGAUAUUGAUCUGGAGACAUUCCGCAUUCUGCAGGAGGAGGGUAACGGUGGAUGGGACGACGCCAUGAUUAAGGUCAUUGGAGUUCCUGGAACGGUAGCUUGCUUUGAUGGGAAGAAUGUGCAUGUCAACUUCCAGAAUGGAGCAUGUUGGAGUAUUGUUCCUGGGUGUCUCACUAAGAAAGCGAAAGCGGAAAAGACGAGUGGAACCUCAAUCAAGAAAGGAGACCUUGUAAAAGUGAUAUCGGAAGAGAAGAAGCUAAAGGAAAUGCAGGCGGGGCAUGGAGGUUAUGACAACGAGAUGCAAUCCUGCCUUGGGAAGACAGGUCGUGUAUUGAAAAUUCACAGUGGCAGCAUCCAGGUUGAUAUCCUCGGAAAACGAUGGUGGUUCAACCCAAAUGCUCUCACCAUAUCUGCACGAGCUGACGGUCAAGCCAGUCACCUAUUCCAAAAAGGGGAUAACAUUAAAGUGAAUGUUGAUCCUCUGACAUUUAAGGCCAAUCAAUCAGGCCACGGUGGAUUUAAAGACAAGAUGCUGGAAAUGCUGAACAAAGUCGGUGUCAUUCAUCACAUUGACAUUGACGGUGAUGCUGUCGUGUACUAUCCAAAUGGCCUUAGAAUGUGCAUUAAUCCCAUGAGUCUGGGAAAAGUAAGUCCAGAAGACUGUGAACCAGUAGAUGUUAGCCACGUUGUAGAGGUUGGAGACUGGGUGAAGGUGGAAGCUGACAAGGAAAGGAUCAAACGUAUCCAGGAGGAAACAGUGCCUUGGGACGAUGACUAUUAUGAUGCCGCAAGAAAAGUCGGUGAUGUGGAGCGUGUUAACUACUGCGCGGAUUUCGCUCGUGUACGCAUCAAGAGUGCAGUCUACCCUUUGCACUUUGACCUUAUCAAGAAAGCAACAGCAGCAGAUCUUGAAGAGACUUUCGACUCAAAAUCCAUCGAAAGCCCAGGUUUUGCAAGAGGAGACCUUGUGAAAAUUGGUGUUAGUUUGGACCAGCUUAGAACCCUUCAACAAGGUCACGGAGGCUAUGUGGACUCGAUGGAAAAGGUGAUGGAUUUGAUAGGAUCUGUCAGCUUCAUCGAUAGUGAUGGCGAUGUCUGUGUGAGGUUUGAUCCCAGGAGGUUUGCAUUAAAUCCGGCCGUGCUGUCCAAGGUACAACCUACAGACGAUGCCCUCUAUAACGGAGAUAUCGUCCGUAUUGAGGCGGACAAGUCACAAUUCAUCAAAUGUCAGAACCAUGCUAAGCAUGGCGGAUACAACCAAAGGAUGCUUUCGACUUGCGGGCAGAUUGGCAGAAUAAUAUCAGUGGUUGACGAGAAGAAGAUAAAGGUUAAAGUUCGGGGAAAGACUUGGACCUUCAAUCCGGAUCUAUUGACAAAAGUUGGAAGUCCUGUCAAAGACACAAUUGGAUGGAGCACAGCGACUAUUUGUGCACCUGGCAAGCACGACUGGAGCAAAGGACGCUGCAUGGUGUGUGUUGUCUGUAAGGAAUGCACACAUUAUGGAAAACAGUGUCCUGCACGUGACAGACCAGGCAGAUCCCCUGGCAGCAUCUGUGGCUGUGGAGAUGGCUAUGCAGGAUGCGAUGACUGUGGUCGAUGCAAAAAAUGUGCAGAAGAAGACCAGGACUCGGAUGAUGACUCUGACGUGGAAGAAAAACUCGAAAAGCUGUUUGGACUCCAAAGCUUAUUGAAACAUGUACGAGUAACUGCAACAGAGUUCACCGAACGGCCAAGUAACGAUGACACAGAUGAAGAGAGAAGUAGGAAGUUCUUUACUGCCCUCAGACAAAUGAAACAAGUAGUGGACCUAAUGCGGAUAAGCCAGGAACAUGAGUCUAUUCCUAAAGUGUACCAGUCGUUAGGAAAGGGCGUUCACCUGCCAUAUGUUGAUUACAAUCAGGGGGCAGAAAGGAAGGAGAUAGGUGAUCACCUGGCCAACAUCGACGCUGCCCCUGUCUUUAUGGAAUAUGUAAACUUCCUGUCAUCUGAGACCACCCAGGAGGCAGCUGUAAAACAGGCUCCUGAAUGCUUGGGCCUGAUAUAUAGUAUCUUGGUCAAUCUAACCGAUUCCAGCUCAGAGUUCUGUUGUGCUAUUGGGAGGAGUGGACUUCUUGAACUACUUGUGCAGGAACUUGCAAAGUGUAGUACUACUACUCCUGCGGAGUCCGAAAGUCAGGCGGAAGCCCUUAAGCUGAUCACCAUUCUCUACAACAGUGCCAGAGCGCCAGACAUCAAGGGUCAUUUUCAUGAUGCUGGGGCCGUGAACAUCUUGCGACCAUACCUUUGUAUUGAAGAUCAGCACAUGAGACUGAAUGCACUCUCUUGCCUCUCAUUUAUUGUUGAGGCAAGUGAGCUGCAUAUUAUCAAGGUCAGCCCAGAUUUAGCGGAUUAUAUUAUAGCCCUGUUGAAUCAGGCUAUCAGUAGCCCAGAUCAUAAAGCUGAGAUAGACAAUUACAACAAAUCGGCUAUGGAGCUUGUGGCAACAGUAAGCAGUCUUCUGCGCAUUGAUGACAACAAGCACAUCUUUGUGGAAAGGGGAUUGUUAGACUUGUUGGUAACAUUUGUUGAAGUUGGCAAUGAUAAAGAAAAGGAAUGCGCCAUUGCAUGCAUCCAAGCGUUGGCUACCAAUGAUGGUAUCAAAACCAUCAUAAAGAAUAAUUCUUCUUUGGUAGAGGGAUUGAAGGCACAGUUGAAUCAUGCUACAUGGUCUGUAAGAAAUUCUGUCAAAAAAACGCUGAUACUGCUGGAAACCUAAUAUAACAUAAGCCAAAGGCCAUGCUAAUAUCAUACAGGUCGUAAGAUGUUGGAUAAACUAACUUUAUACACAAUGGCAUGAAAGUUGUUGCAGUAGCAAGAACAUAUGCCAUUAGAUGUGCCAGUAAUUCAAAGUUUUGAUUGCUACAUUUGUACAUUUGUAAUGUAUACUUACUUUGCUUUUUUUGUCAUUUCAUGUUUUUCAUAUCUCCGUGUAUCUUUGCUGAAUGACGUGUAUUUGUGAACAAUUGAUUAUACUGUAUCGAUUCUUAUAUUCGCAAAUACAAUGUAAUUUCAUCAGGUUGGUAGUUACUCAUAUAGUAAUUUUCUUGUAAAUACAAGCAGGGCAGUACUCACAUAAAACAUAUCGAUGUCAGUCACACCAUGAUCAGAGAUAGAAGCAGAUUCAGCCAUUCUAACCCUGAUGAUGGUGUCUGACAGACAUCGGAUGUGAGUUUAAUAUAAAGUUUAUUAUCAAAGCUUACUAAAUAAUGUAUUGAUUAUUCUAAUAACAUUGUAAAUCACCCUCUUUGUUAAUGGGUCUAUAUUAGCUAUCUUAUGACACAUUAUAUUCAAACCUUCAGUCUAUUUGUAGAUAGAAAAAGGUAGUUUUGUCCGCGGGACAUCUGUCCAUUUUAUGACUUCAACAAGGAUAUUUGUAUAAAAUAACGCAAAACAUAUCUGUAUAUAUGUACUAUAAAUGUAAAUAUGUGAAUACUGUCUGAUGGACUGAGCCUAUGGUCUGAAAAAGGAAUUGACUUUGGUUUUAAGACAUCUAAAAUGUUGAAAUUAACGGUAAAUAGUUUUGUCAUUAUAAUAACCUGGAUCACUUUAAUCUUGAUUGAAAUUCACUUUUCUACUAUUAUAUGUAUAAAACAAUUCAUGUAGUAAGGUUCUUUUCAGCACAACCAAAGGGUAACUUACUAUAUGAAUAAUUGCCAACCUGAUGAAGUUAUUCACGGAUGUAUAACGUAUUGUAUUCGACAAACGUUUUAAAGAGUAAAUGUUAGCUUUGUAGCAUGCAGCAAUAAGCUUUCAGAAUUGGAGUUAGAUGUUUGACCAAGUUUAAAAGUAUAAUGAAGAAAUGAAAGAAACUGAGUAUUCAUUUGAAGAAGCACUUGCAAUUUCAGGUUUCAGAAUCUCACAAUAACCUCAGUCAAAACGAGGUAAGUAAGAUCGCGUUGCGUAAUCGGCAGCGAGUUGGGCCCAGGCCCAAGAGGUCCCGAGUUAAAAACCUGCCGUGUCACCGAUCUCGUGCCUUUUGGAAAGGCACAUAACGCGACUUUCCUCACUUUACUCAGGCGAAAAUGAGUACCUAGCUUCGGCCCUGUGUUUGGAGAGAGUCACACCCUGGGCACGUAAAAGAUCCCACCACAUUAACAGAAAAGAGUAGGGGACCUUCCCGGCGUGAGUUGAUCAAAUCAUUCAGGCUAAAUGGGGUAGGGAGUUUCGCGAGCAGCCUUCGUAACUCCAGCUUCUCUUAUUGGAUCAGUUAGUUGAGCUUACCGAGGUUGCUUGUUUCUGACUUAGAGAAAAGAGAUGCUGCUAAAGUGAGCGUAGUUCAGUGCCUACAAGUGAUCAUUGGUCUGGCACUGAGCAAACUCUUAAAAAAACAAAAGGUAUUGUUUUCGGUGUAUUUGUUAAUGGUGUUAGGUUGGUAGUUAUUAGAAUAUAGUGCCGUGGCAUGAUGUACUGUGAAAAUAUCGCCUCGGGCCAUUUAGUGCUGUACAUGGAUAGAAAUAAUAUUUUUUAACUAGAGUUCAACGAACCCAUCUCUUCGCCAAAUAAUCAUGCCUUUAUUUAAGACUUUAAGGUCU